UCCUUCCUAAUCGCUGCUAAUGCAGCCUUCACUGCGCAUGCGCGAACUGUUUCUCAGCAGGUAAAUUCCACCAUGGCGGCGAGAGGCCAUGUGCAGGACCCCAACGACAGGAGGCUCAGACCCAUAUACGAUUACCUGGAUAAUGGCAACAAUAAAAUGGCCAUCCAGCAGGCAGACAAGCUGCUGAAGAAACAUAAGGACCUGCACUGUGCCAAGGUCCUGAAGGCCAUCGGCCUCCAGAGGACGGGGAAGCAGGACGAGGCCUUCUCCUUAGCUCAGGAGGUCACCACCCUGGAACCCACAGACGACAACUCCCUCCAAGCCCUGACCAUACUGUACAGAGAGAUGCACCGGCCCGAGCUGGUCACCAAGCUGUACGAGGCCGCCGUGAAGAAGGUUCCUCUCAGCGAAGAGUAUCACUCUCACCUCUUCAUGGCGUAUGCGCGCGUGGGGGAGUACAAGAAGAUGCAGCAGGCAGGAAUGGCCUUGUACAAAAUCGUCCCCAAGAAUCCCUAUUACUUCUGGUCCGUCAUGAGUCUGGUGAUGCAGGCAAUCUCCGCACAAGAUGAUAAGCUGGCCCAGACCAUGUUCCUGCCGCUGGCCGAGCGGAUGGUGGAGAAGAUGGUCAGAGAGGACAAGAUUGAAGCAGAAGCAGAGGUGCAGCUCUACUUCAUGAUCCUGGAGCGUUUGGGGAAAUGCGUGGAGGCUCUGGAGGUGAUCCGGGGUCCGCUGGGAGAGAAGCUGACCAGCGAGCUGCAGAGCAGAGAGAGCAAGUGCAUGAUGCUGUACCGCCGGCUGGAGCGCUGGCCCGAGUGCAACGCCCUCGCCCACAAGCUGCUCCUCAAAAACCCUGAUGAUUGGCAGUUCUACCCCGCCUACUUCGACUCUCUCUUCCAGCUGCUGGAUCGGUCGUGGAGUCCUCCAGAGGAGGGCGAGCACUGCCCGGAGGGCCCGGUCCAUCACUCGGUGGCUGACGUGGUGCGGUUUGUGGAGGAGAGGAUUAAGGGCGAGGAGGGCAAGGAGUCGCGUUCCCUCAGAGGGCCGUAUUUGGCUCGCCUGGAGUUGAUCCAGCGGCUGAGGGAGCGAGGCUGUCCGGAGGAGAGCAUGCUGGGGGAGCCUUUGGAGCUGAUGGUGCAGUUCUUUCAGAGGUUUGGGGACAAACCGUGCUGCAUCACGGACCUGAAGAUCUAUCUGCACCUGCUGUCCCCCGACCAGCACGUUCAGUUCAUCAACCGGCUGAGUGACGGCGUCCCACUGGGGCAGCGGGAAGGGGAGGUGCCGGCCUUUCCGGAGGACACCAAAGCUCUGCAGAGGCACCUGUGCGUCUGCCAGCUGAGCCGGGCGCUGGGCCUGCACCACGCCCUGGACCCCGACGGGAAACUGCGGCUGAUAGCCGAACUGAAGGCGCACUACCGCCACGGACUCAAGUUUGGGAAGAACGCUCUGAAGACGGAGCUGCAGUUCUCUGACAUGUACUGUCUGAUGGCGGCGCACGUCUACAUCGACCUGUGGGCGGAGACCAACGACCAGAGCAUGGCGUGGCGAUGCCUGGGCCUCCUGCAGGAGGGGCUGUCGCACAGCUCCUCCAAUGCGCAGUUCAAGCUGCUGCUGCUGCUGCUCUACUGCCGCCUGGGGGCCUUUGAGCCGGUGGUGGACCUCUACUCCAGCCUGGACGCCAAACACGUUCAGCACGACACCAUCGGGUUCCUGCUCACGCGCUACGCUGAGCCUCUGGGCCAGUUUGCUGCAGCGUCUCAGUCCUGUAACUUCUCGCUCAGGUUUUUCCACUCCAAUCAGAAAGAUACCUCAGAGUACAUCAUCCAGGCCUACAAGUACGGCGCCUUUGAGAAGAUCCCAGAGUUCAUAGCUCUCAGGAACCGGCUGAAUCAGUCGCUGCACUUCGCUCAGGUCCGGACCGAGAGGAUGCUGCUGGACCUGCUCCUGGAGGCAGACAUCGUGUUGAGUCUGGAGGAGAGCGUCAAGGCGAUGUCGCUGUGCGCCGAGGACGACGACGUCCCCUGGGACACUUUGAGGGACAACAGAGACCUCACUGUUUUCACCAACUGGGACCCUAAGGAGAGACAGCUGAGCGACGACCAGCGGCGCCAGUCUCUGGAGGAGGAGUCCGUGUGGCUGCGGAUACGGUCGCUAACGCUGCGCCUGGUGGCGGCGCUGGCGGCUCUGGGUCACACGGCGUCCCAGCAGAACUCUGAGAUCAACAACGAGAACGGAGUCGGGGACAAGACGGCGGUCCUCAGCGGCCUGCUCACGCAGCUCAACCACACCCUGCAGACGGCUGCGCAGCUGGCAGAAAAACACAUUAAGCCCCCCUUCCUGGGCCCCCCUUCCACCCGCCUGGCCGCGGCCCUGUCCGGCGGCAGCUGUCAGUGUCAGGCCGCAGCGCUGCAGCUCGCCGUCCAUCUGCAGGAGCUGGAGACGGCGGGACUCGACGAGUCGAGCGAGCUCCAAACCCAAAUGUGUAACAGCUUUAAAUCCUUAAUCGUUCAGCUUCAGGAAAUACUGAAUAAAUGCAAAGGAGAUUUAUUGGAAGUGAAAGGGAGCAGAUUGAAAAUCCAGCCCUCCUUUUUAGAAAACCUCAUCUUCUUCGUAGAGACAGUGACCUUAGUGUUGUGGGUGAGCAGCUACUGCGCCAAGAUCCUCCGACCGCUCAAAACCAGUUUACAGAAGAAGAAGAAAAAGAAAAAGGAGACCCAGACAGCGCUGCCGCCGGUGCUGUGCGGCUUCCAGGAGCUGACGGCGAGCUUGCAGGACCUGCUCGCCCAGACGCUGGAGCACAUCAAGGCCCAGGAGGUCGCCGUGACGACCCUGAAACUGGCCAACUUGACCCUGGAAGGAAACACGCAGGAGGAGGCGGCGUUCUCCAAGGCGGCUGUGGACAAGGUGCAGAGCAGUUACCUGCGCUCGCUGCAGGAGGUGGGAGACCUGCUCAGGAAGAGGGUGGAGACUAUAAAGAACCUGAAGAUCUGAAGGCCAUCACCCCCUCCAGCGUGACUGAAACCCCCCUCCAGCACCACCUGCUUCCUGCCCCGCCCACAUCUGGACUCCCUCCUGCCGUCUGCGUUCAUGACCUCCGUCUGCAGCUGCGAGCUUUGAGAUGAACUCUGGAGUUUGAACAUUCUUCUAGGAGACGAGUUCCUCCACAGAAAUCUGUCUAGAUCAAAUUAGAAAGAAGGAAUUUUGGCGGGAAUUGUACAUAGAGCUCCGCAUACGGAGGGUUACGGCAGAACAAACCACUGUCCUCAUAGCUUCUGGUGUCUCCAUCGCAGCAACCUACAUGUCCGAGGAGAUGUGCUUCUUCAGCCGGCUGCUCCUUCCUGAUGGACGGGUGAGAGCGGCCAGGCCGCCUCCGCCGCCGCUUCCCCAUCAGGACGUUUUUUUUUUUUCUUUCUUUUCUGUGAGUCUUGUGUGUCGCUCCCACUGUGGACCCGGCGUGUCGUGUUGUUGAGAGAAGAGCUCAAAUGAUGGGAUGUUUUAUAAAGGCUCUCCUGGCCCGCUUCUUGUUUUUUAUAGAAAUUCUAAGGUCAAAUCUGGGCAUCUUUGACUGGACUGAUUAUUUAAGAAACCAUGUUUGACUAUCUUGAAUGUUCACCCAAACCUGGUGGAGACAAACGUGUCGUUAUGCAACCGAUGGACGGCUGUGAGCGAAGUUCACGGUGUGGGACCGCGGAUCGGCUUCAGGCCCGGCUCUGUCCUUCCAAACCAUCUGACUGACUUUGGACCUGACGCUGAACGUCCCGGCGUUUUAGAGCAGCUACAGUAAAAAAACAUCGGAUCUGCAGACGCAGCAUCCUGUCUGCAGACGGAGAACACUGACUGCAAACAUCGCAGACGUCUGCAAACAGAGAACACUGACUGCAAACAUCGCAGACGUCUGCAGACGGAGAACACUGACUGAAAACAGAGACCACAGCAGCAUCCCGCCUGCAGACAUCGCAGACGGAGAACACUGACUGCAAACAUCGCAGACGUCUGCAGACGGAGAACACUGACUGCAAACAGAGACCACAGCAGCAUCCCGCCUGCAGACAUCGCAGACGUCUGCAGAAGGAGAACACUGACUGCAAACAUCGCAGACGGAGAACACUGACUGCAAACAGAGACCACAGCAGCAUCCCGCCUGCGGACAUCGCAGACGUCUGCAGCCCCAACAUCCUGCCUGCAAACAUAAACAAUCACUGCAACCCAUCUACAAAUGUCUGCAUCUCCCUGUCUGCAAUAAUCAGACGUCUGCAGCUGCAGAAUAACUGACUGCAGAGACAUCUGCAGCACUACUGUUCCACCUAGAACUGCAGCAACCUAUUUGCAGACUUUUUUUUUUUUUUUUUUUACCAUUUUAGGAAUUUGCCAUGGAGUGUGGAAUUCUAGUGACCCCCCCCCCCCCCCAGUUGCUGGUGGACUCUCAGAUGCUGUGUACUUUUCCGCGUGGACUGGGAUCGGUGAGGGGACGUCUGCGUCGCUGGGGUUCAGAGCUGGAGCUGAGCGUCUGGAGCGUCACGCCAUCACCUUCUUUUGUUAGAAAAUGGAAAACAGAAACACUGGAAUGUCAGAGUUUUUUAAAUAAAAGAAUAAAUGUGAG